AUGCCUAGUUUCGAGUUGGCGCACCCGUCCCGCAAGAUCCUGCUUGUGGUGACGACGGGCGGAUUCACCCAUGCCAGUCCCGUAUUCGAGAUUGGCAAAGUUCUGGCCGCAAGAGGCCACACCAUUGAGUUUGCUACGCUCGAGGGUCAGCAAGGUUGGACCAAGGGCUAUGAGUUCAUCACCAAGGUCCACACCAUGGGCCCGGGCCCGACUCAUGACCAGAUGAAUGCUCACUACCUGCGCAUGCGAACGUGGGACAUCUCAAAGGGUAUCUCAGGGACCAUGCCGAGCAAGUAUUUAUGGGACUCGUUCUGGCCACAGACAUAUCGGGGACUCAAGGCCAUCAUGGACGACCCUGAGACAAGGCCAAGUAUGAUGAUUGCCGACUUCUUUGUCGACGCCGUUAAGGAUAUUCACGUCGAGUAUAAUCUGCCAAUCGCUCAAGUCUGGCCCCAGAUGCCCUUCUUGAUGAUGCCAUGCUCGUACAUUCCUGGCCAACCAGGCUUUCAGCUUGAGGGAACACUUACCUCGGAGCAUGCGAGCCUCUGGCAUCGGAUCAAGAACGAACUCGUCAUCUUCUUUGACCUGCCCGUCAUCGCGGAAUGGAUGACGUGGACCAAGAAGAUGCGCCUGGAAAACGGUGUCAACUAUCCUCCUCACCAGAUACAGAAGCCUGACUACCUUAUCUUUGUCAACUCCUUCCUUGGCCUGGAGAUCCCGCGUGAUCUACCUCCUACCUGUGCCCCGGUUGGACCCUUGAUCAGUGACACCUAUCCGCCACUCAACGAGGAGUGCGACCAGUUCCUGACCAAGCACACCAAGGUCAUCUAUAUUGCCCUAGGCACACACGUUAUCCUCACCAAUGCCGACGCAGCCAAGAUCAUCAACGGUCUGCUGCUUCUUCUUGAAGGGAGCUUGUUGGACGGCAUCAUCUGGUCUAUUCCCAAGAGUGGCCGUCAAGAUCUCGAUGUCAACACGACCUAUAGAACUGGUAACAAGACACUCCGUCUGGGGGAUAUUCUGGAUGGAAAGAACCCUGACUGGCUGAGUUCGACCUUUGUCCCCCAGCGAGCCAUCCUCGACCACCCCUCGACAAAGCUCUAUUACACACAUGGCGGUGGUUCUAGCGCCAACGAGGGUCUCUUCCACGGGGUACCCAUGCUGUCGAUGGGUGUUUUCAUGGACCAAAUCUCCAACACAGCUCGACUCGUCGAUGGAGGCGUGGCUGAGCCGUUGAACAAGUUCCGCUUCACGUCCGAAGAGAUUUACACAAAGGCAAAGAAGAUUUUGCUUGAUCAAGACGGGAGCUAUAAGCGCAAUAGCCUACGGUUGAUGCGCAUCGCCCAUGUGGCUGCCCGACGGAAACACCAUGCCGCGGACCUGGUAGAAGAGCUGAUUUACGACACUGAGCUGAGGUUCAAGGAUGGAAAGGAACUCAGGCCAAUGCAUCUGCAGACGGCGGAUAUGCGCAUGCCAGUGUGGAAGGCCAAGAACUGGGACAUGUGGGCUGUCAGUCUUGUGGGCAUUGGUGCUGUCUUUGGAGGACUGGGAGUUGGCGGAAGAAUGCUGUGGCUGCACCGGGGUUGGCUGACUGGAUCAGUGAAGGCAUUCGUGGGAAGCCAAGAGUGGCUGAGGAACCUGAUCAAGUAG